AUGUCACAAUAUCGCACUAUACAACUCACUAUCAGCGUGGAAUGGCCGUUCACCAACCCGAUGACGCCACUCCGCCUUGCCCAGGUCCCGACCUCCACACCUUUAUUCGUUCCUCUUCCAACAACACCUCCAACUCAACCCGGGGAUAUUUCCUCCACCCUAGCCCUCUACUCUGAAUUCAAUGUGAUUCUCCGAAGACACAUGGCAAUGCCACCCCCGCGCGCCGCAGCUGCCGCCUUCUUCUCCCUCCACCCUGCGGCGCCCACGACCAUCGCAUCAUCACCCGGCAUCUCUCACGCCCAUGCCCACCACCGACCCCAAGCACACAGAAUCCAACUACACACACGACUACAUCCCCCAAUAUAUUAUUCUCAAACAACGCCAUUCUCAACAUCAACAUAUCGGCCCGCCACAGCCCACGAACCAAACUACUACGAGAUCCUGGAUAUCCCCAUAACCGCAACAGCAGGCGAGAUCAAAAAACAAUUCUACGCCCUCUCUCUGCGUCACCACCCAGACCGCAACCGCACCGACCCGAACGCCUCCCAGCGCUUCGCCCGCAUCUCCGCCGCGUACAACGUUCUCGGCAAAGCCUCCAGGCGCGCCUCCUAUGACCGCGAGCAUGGAUUCCAUCAUGCGCAGCAAUCACAUAGAUAUGGCUUCGGGGCAGGAGGAGGGAAGAAGAAGAAACAAGAAACAGACCCCGAAGACCCAACUGCGUUUAUAGACCGCAACCCGCUGGGCCAUUUCAAUGCACGCGGCCACUUCCGGACGCAAACUGCUGAAGAUGCGCGACGGCGCGAGCGCCGGUCAAGAGCUAGGGCUGCUGCUGCAGAGCAUCUUGCUUCUUCGGCGGGCGGGGCAGCCGGGGAUUUUGCGCUACGGUUUCUAGUUGUUUCAGGGAGUUUGAUGAUCGCGGGGGCGAUGACAGGUUUGCUGAAGUGGCCUGCUGGUUCAGGUUCUUCCGGUUCUGCUACUUCGCCCACGGGCACAGGCACCGGUGGCAAGAGAUCGGGCAGUACGGGGGGACGUGGAGAAGCUGUAUCUGGACCAUGA